AACAUUAUGGCGUCAUGUGUAACGCCACUUGUUGGAAAUGUGCGUUUUCUUGACACGUCGACAUUUGUGCUCUGUUCUUCCACAAUAACAACCGACAUUAUUUUAUAGAUUGGAGUAUUAGAUACUAUUCAGAACGGCAUUUUACUAAUGACAUUGUGAAUGACGCUAAUUAUCAGAGCGAGCUUGUUCGUGUGCUGAUCGAACGUACUGAAGUGCGACGUGUGAUAUUUCGACAAAUUCGACGUAUUUGCCGAAAAAUGUUUAUGAUCUUGUAAAGUUAUGAAGAUCUUUUUUACUAUUCGCUAUAUCGCGGACAUUACCGAUGCGAAAUAAAUCAGUAAUACGAACGCACACCUAAUGACGAUUUUGCGAAAUGACGAAUUUUCGAUAUGACACUAUCUAUUCUUUUUUAAUUUUAUUUCCUAUUUUAACGCACGCCAAGAACCCGCAGGAUACUCGGAAUGUUCAGCAUCUGUCUGAUAUAAAGUUCAAUCCUAAUGAAUAUUUGGAAUAUCCUGACAAUGAAGAUAGAGAAAUGGGAUCAUUGCAACAAGUAAAUGAGCAACAACAGAUGAAAAAUAAUCUAUACGUACAAAAUAGUCACCUUAGUGCUGGAGAAUCACCAACUACAGAUGCCUUGGAUAAGAACAUAGUAUGGGAUUCUGAUUGGGCUGCACAAUUGAAACUUAUGCAAAUAUCAGCAGUUUCUAUGGAUCCAGAGGGCAAUAUUGCUAUAUUCCACAGGGGAGAUCGCGUUUGGGGAUUUAGUACCUUUGAUUAUAGAAACAGAUUUAAUCCAAAUAAUGGACCGAUAAAGCAAAAUACUAUUAUCCUUUUGGAUAAAAGCGGGAAGAUAAUUUUAGAAUGGGGAAGAAACAUGUUUUAUCUUCCGCAUGGUUUGACUAUUGAUCAAGAUGGCAAUUAUUGGAUCACUGAUGUAGCGAUGCAUCAGGUAUUCAAGUUUGAUGCUCAAGAUAUACAAAAACACAUGGAAGAAUUGAAACACGCCCAGUUUAGCUCGGAGACAGGGGUGCCUAACUACCAUAGCAGUGCAUUAUUUGAAAAUAGCAUAGUAAAACCAUCUAUAACUUUGGGAGAGGCUUUUGUUCCCGGUAACGAUGAGAAAAGAUUUUGUAAGCCAACUGCUGUUGCUGUACAUACUAAUGGCGACUUUUUUGUCAGCGAUGGAUAUUGCAAUUCUAGAAUAAUCAAAUUUAACAAACAUGGAGAAAGAAUUUUAUACUGGGGACGACACUGGGGUGUUGAAGAAUCUGUCUAUUCGCAGUUGCCUCCAUCAAACGCGUUUCUUGUUCCACAUGCUUUAGCACUUGCGACUGAAUUAAAUUAUAUAUUUGUUGCUGAUAGAGAAAAUGGGAGAGUUCUGUGUUUCUUUGCCAGCAAUGGUACAUUCCAUAAGGAAUACAAACAUCCCGUUAUUGGUACAAAAAUUUUUAGUGUAGCUUAUGCUCGAGAAAAAUUAUAUCUAGUCAACGGACCAGAUCCAGUUACAUCUCAUCCAGUGCCAGUACGAGGCUUCGUACUUGAUAUCUAUUCUGGAAAAAUUACGUCGAUGUUUGCACCCAAGGAUAAAAUGAAUAAUCCACAUGAUCUUUACGUAACUGAAGAUGGUUCCGAGAUAUAUGUAGUAGAAUUAAAUAAUCACGUGAUUUACAGAUUUCUUCAAGGCACAAAUGAGUCUAAGCAUUCCGAGAUUUCACCUGCUAAACGGCACCGAACAAAUAUCUUAGUACAUCCCGAAUCUACAGAUGACGACGAUGAAAAGAAUAAUAUGACAAAAUGGAUAUUAGGACUUGGUUCGGCAACCAUUUCUUUUGUUAUAAUAUGUGUCGUGAUAGCCGCUAUUGUGGCAAAAUACCAAAAACGAGGAUGCUUACUCACCAUGCGGAAGAAGAUGCGCUGGGAGGCCGAAAGACGAGAGAAUUUCAAGCUGUCCAGUCUGCUGGAGAAUCGCCGCGGGAGGAGUUUCAAGUUUUUAGAGAAACACACACGACCGAACACUCGCGACUUCAGUAAACUAAAUACGGAACCGGAAACUUCGGAGGACGAACGGCCGGACAACAGCCUUGCUAAAGUUAUUUAAGACAAUAACACUAUACCGCGGUAUUACCGAAAACAAUGGAAAAAACGUGCACAAAUACCCCGUCAAUCUUAUUGCGUUAGUCCCGGUCGCGGAAUAAACAACUGGUCGCGCGUCGUAUACUCGAGUGUUUUCGCGCCAUCGAGGUUUGCCGAGCGAGCCCGAAAGCGAACGACUGAUGGUACGCUGUGUAUGUUGCCGACCGUUAAAUAUACAGAAUGUUUUAUUUACACAAUAUCCUACACAGGUUUAUA